UUUUUUUUUUUUUUUUUUUUUUUGUUUUUUUUUUGUUAUUUUCCUGGGAAAGCGGCCAAGCCAUUUCCCACAGCGCGUGGUGGUGAUCCCGGAGCCGCGCGAGCCCGCGGUAUUGCCGGGGGUGGGGGGGCUGUUUUGGCCGGGGGGGAUUGCGUUCCGCUGGCUCCCCCCCUGUUCCCGACCCGGGACCGGCCAUGGCGUUGAAAGCCAGAGCGCUUUACAACUUCCAGAGCGAAAACAAAGAGGAAAUCAGCAUCCAGGAGAACGAGGAGCUCGUCAUCUUCAGCGAGAACUCCCUGGACGGGUGGUUACAGGGCCAAAACAGCCGUGGAGAGACCGGCCUCUUCCCUGCUUCCUACGUCGAGAUCCUCCGCUCCCGCUCGGGCUCCAACUACACGGACUAUUCCAGCAGCCCUGUCGGUUCCCCGGGGCACGAUUCCUCCUUGUACUCGGCAUCCCCCAACCCUGGCAUCUCCUACCAGGGCAGUUUUGAGGAUGAUGAUGAUGAUGAUUGGGAUGACUGGGACGAUGCGUGCACGGUGGUGGAGGAGCCCCGGAGCGCGCCGGGCACCAACGGGCACCCCUCGCCCAGCCUUCAGUACCCAGCGGCCUAUGGCCACCACCAGCACGCUGGGUACCGGCCCAAGCCGGUGCUGGAGAGGCAGGACAGCAUGAGCUCCUCCAAGAGGGGCAGUGUGGUGGGGAGAAACCUCAACCGCUUCUCCUGCUUCGUCCGCUCUGGGGUGGAAGCCUUCAUCCUGGGCGACGUGCCCCUGAUGUCCAAGAUUGCCGAGACCUACUGCAUCGAGAUGGGCUCCAGAGGCCCCCAAUGGAGGGCCAACCCCCACCCGUUCAUCUGCUCCGUGGAGGACCCCACCAAGCAAACCAAGUUCAAGGGCAUCAAGAGCUACAUCUCCUACAAGCUGACCCCCAGCAACAUCAACUCGCCCGUGUACCGGCGGUACAAGCACUUUGACUGGCUCUACAACCGCCUGCUGCACAAGUUCACGGUGAUCUCGGUGCCCCACCUGCCCGAGAAGCAGGCCACCGGCCGCUUCGAGGAGGACUUCAUCGAGAAGCGCAAGCGGCGGCUGAUCCUCUGGAUGGAGCACAUGACCAGCCACCCUGUCCUCUCCCAGUACGAGGGCUUCCAGCACUUCCUCUGCUGCCGCGACGAGAAGCAGUGGAAGCUGGGCAAACGCCGGGCAGAGAAGGAUGAGAUGGUGGGUGCCAGCUUCCUCCUCACCAUCCAGAUUCCCACAGAGCACCAGGACCUGCAGGAUGUGGAAGACCGCGUGGAUGCCUUCAAGGCCUUCAGUAAGAAGAUGGACGACAGCGUCAUGCAGCUGACCAACGUGGCGUCGGAGCUGGUGCGCAAGCACGUCGGGGGCUUCCGGAAGGAGUUCCAGAAGCUGGGCAAUGCCUUCCAAGCCAUCAGCCACUCGUUCCACAUGGACCCUCCCUACAGCUUGGAUGCCCUCAACAACGCCAUCUCCCACACGGGCAAGACGUACGAGACUGUGGGGGAGAUGUUCGCUGAGCAGCCCAAGAACGACCUGUUCCUCAUGCUGGACACUCUCUCCUUGUAUCAAGGGCUCCUCUCCAACUUCCCAGACAUCAUCCACCUGCAGAAAGGCUGUUCCCUGCUCCCACAAGAGAAAAAAAUCAGGGCAUUGAGAGGAAGCACCGGGAACAUGGAGCAGAUCCAUUUCCUCCUCCCACUUCCCAAGGCUGCUCCUGCGUGGGAAAGCCAAGGCUGAGCCCUCUUCCCCUGUCUCGAAGGCUGGCAGGUUUUCCAGCUCCACCCUGCACAUCCUGGCACCCGCUGCCACUGCGUUCCCUGCCCCAGCUGCUUCCCAGCCAGUGAAGGAAAAGCUUGCAGAGCUGCAGAAGGGCAUAUGGUGGCACACGAGGGGACAGUCCCAGCCAGCCCCAUGCUGGGGGAUCUUGGAAUGGGGCACUUGGGUGCACAUCCCACCUGCAGAUCCCUGAAUCCCAUCCCUGCCUGUCCAACAGAGCCAGUGCCUGUUCCCAAGCUCAUCCCCAGAGCCGCUGAGGGGAAGGAGCUGUCGGGGGGGAUUGGAGGAGCCAGGCCAGAGGAUGCUCACAGACAUGCCUGGAACGGCUCGGUGUUACCGGAGAGAUCCUCGCCUGGUGUCAACAAACAGCUGCCGGAGAGGGGCCCGGCUCCAGCCGCCCGGCUCUGAUGUUUCCCAGCCUCGCUGGUGUCAAGUGGCUCCUGACGUGCCAGGAUGGGGGGAGUUAUCAGCCAAAACCGUGGGGGAAGAAUGAGCACGAGCGGGAGGCUUGAGAACUUGCCAGAAGAUACCUGCUUGCCUUCAUUGCAGCACCCAGUGCUCAGGGAUGGGGAAAUGUUUCAACAGAGGUGGUAAAAUGUGCAAAUGCUGUGUAAAACGUGUACAUUGGGGUGAUUCAGCUUUAGUUGUGCUGGUAAGACAGCGCCCACAGCACCCUGCACUUCACAGGGCACCAUGAGGUGUUUUGACCUGAGGACCAGGGUGGUUUUUUGGUGAUGCUGGGUGCUGCAAGAGGCAGAGAAAAGUGUCUCCACGGACAGAGAUGGGGGUUUGCAGUGUGGGUGGGGGAAAGAGAGGAUAUUUUUUGCUCCUCUGGGGUUGACAUGCUAAACUGUCUGCAAAGAAAAUUAGCAUUUUCUUUUUUCCCCCCUCUUUCUAGAGCUGAAAGCUCCUCCUCUCCUCUCCU